CCAGCCCAGACGCUGACGUCACGAUGCUACGUUGGCCGGAAGUAACGACGUCGCUCAAGCAUCAAGCUCACCAGCUGAUAGCGACCAAAACAAACGAAAAGGCCGCAAUAUUAUGACGACUCUUUCUUUUCGAUGACUAUGGUAGCCCACUCACGAAGUAUCCACACUUCACCGAAGCUAUCGGGAUUCCCGCCUGUCCUUAUCGCGAGCUCGGGACUAACGCUCCUCCACACCAGCUUUAGCUAGCUAGCUGUGUUGCGGUGUGUCAACAAAUCGAGUCUUACUCAAACUGUUUUGUUGUCACGUUAGGGCGAUCGAUCGCUCAGAGCGACAAUGCAGAGCAAGUUGAAUCGGCCGUGCCUUGCUGGUUGAUUUCUUUGGACAUCCGCGUCACAACUUGGAGCUAGCUUUGUGGUCAAGAUGAGUUGGUUCAACGCAUCUCACCUGUCCACUUUCGCCAAACAAGCGCUAACGACGGCCCAGAAAUCAAUCGAUCGUGUCCUGGACAUUAAAGAAGAGAGCCAAUGGAGUGACACGACGCUAAUGCCUUAUGAAGAUGUGACAUUGCCUGAGAAGUUGUCAUUAAGCGGUGGCUGGGGGAUAACCCAGUGGGAAGCGCCACCUGAAGAAAAGGUUUCAGCUCCAGCUCCGUCUAUGGCCAUAACUACACCGGUCACCCGCACGGUUGUGGAUGAAUCCGAAAACUUUUUCAGUGCCUUCCUGCCACCUGGAGAUGGUCAGUGCAUCACCACAUCCCAGGUAGUGUCCGUCCCCCCUGCUAAAUCUCAGAGGCAGCCCCGGGCAAAAGAAAAGAAUCGCAAAAAUGCCGCGAUGAAGGAAGAAGUGGAGACCCAAAAGAUGGUGUCAGCUGAUUCGAAUCACCAAUGUCAGACAGGUGGCGAUGGCCAACUGGUGGCGCUGGGCUGCUCGCCCCAGGACACUAUUCUUCCCGAGCCGGUUUCUCCGAGUGAAAACUGUGGUGACCUGACCUGCAGCCCAGAUGACACCAAGACCAAUACCAACAGAGGGAAACCUGACUCUGUCACCAAAGUUUCUGCCGACUCCAACGCAGAGUGGCCACAGAUCCAAACGGAGUACCCUGUUGGGGGCAACCCCUCAGCUUCGUCUGAACCUGCUACAGUUUCUUCCGAAUCCAAAGACGCCAAGAAUUCCGAUCCGCCAGCCUCCCAAUCCUCCAAGGAUGUACAUUUAGAACAGAAGGAUUUAAAAACGGAAGACCGCCAGAGUGACACCCCCUCCCCUCCCGUUAGUGCCUUCUCUUCAGGAACAUCCACCACCAGUGACAUUGAAGUCCUGGAUCAUGAGAGCGUACUGAGUGAGAGCUCAGCCAGCUCCAGACAAGAGACGGGAGAAGGAAAGGCGAGCCUUCAUUUGAUGCAUGGCUCGUUCCAACUUCUUUCCACCUCCGCUUGUGGAGAUUUCCCUCGCCUGGAAGACUAUCCCAAGCUCACCGAGAGUUGCGGUUCCUCUUCGGAUGCGUUUGAGCGCAUCGAUUCAUUCAGUGUCCAGUCGCUGGACAGUCGCAGUGUCAGUGAGAUCAACUCGGACGAUGACAUCCCCGGCAGUCGGACGCUGGCUUCCGUGACUUCGGCCGCUACGCUUUCGGCGGAUGCUCCGUCAGACGACUGUGAGAAACAAGGAGGCGGACUGGCGGAGAGCACGAGCGAGCUCCAAGAAGAGAAGGAAGAGUAUUUGACCGGAAGCGUGAGGAAGCAGUCUGUGGAUGAGAUGGAGGAGAGUGGACGGAGCGUGACGCCGGUGAAUUGCGAACAACCCGAACAGCUGGCGGAGAUUGAACACGAUUCGGGGGCGGACGUCGCACAGUCCGAUCCCAGCUCCGGGGCAGUCGAAGAGCUCCUUUCACCAAUCGCCGAGGAGAUGAAAGGUGUCUCAACACUUCAGGUUUGGGAGCUUCAAAAGGUUAUCAAUGAGCUGUCGAGCCGCCUUGAAAAAAGAGAGGCUCAGCUGCUGGCGGUCAGCAAGGACAAGGCUGGACUGGAAGAACAGUGUGACAACCUUCGAGAUGACGUUCUAACGCUGAAGGAGGAGAGCUCCGCAGUUCAGUCCUUAAAGGAUGAAUUUACGCAGCGCAUUGCAGAUACUGAGAGGAAAGCGCAGCUGGCUUGCAAAGAGAGAGAUAUAGCCAAGAAGGAAAUCAAGGGCCUGCGAGAGGAGCUCGCCUCCAGACUCCACUCCAGCGUUUCGUUGGAGCUCAUCAAAGAGAAGGAGGAACAGAUCAGAGGCCUGCUGGAAGAGGGUGAAAAGUUGUCCAAGCAACAGCUUCAGCACAGCAACAUCAUCAAGAAACUGCGCGCGAAGGAGAAGGACAGUGAGGCGAGACUCGCCAAGCAACAGAGGAAAAUGAAGGACCUGGAGGAGGAGCUCGGGCAGCUGCGGCAGGUUUUGGAGGGGAAGGAAGAAGUAGAGAAACAGCAUCGAGACAACAUCAAGAAGCUGAAUUCUGCCGUCGAGCGUCAGGAGAAGGAGCAGAGCAGGCUGCAGACGGACUCGGAGGAGCUGCUGGAGAAGAACAGAAGUCUCCAGGCAGCUCUGGAUAACUCUUACAAGGAGCUCGCAGAACUUCACAAAACUCACGCCAGCAGGGCCAGUGAGGCGGAAGAGGCGGCGCUGAGUCGGGAGAUGAAGGCCAAGGAGCUGCAAAGCUUGGCCCUGGAGAAGGCCCAGGAGGAGGCCCGCAUGCAGCAGGAGCUUCUGGCCAACCAGGUGGGUGACCUGAGAUUGGCGCUUCAGAGGGCGGAGCAACAGCAGGCGAGGAAAGAAGAUUAUUUGAGGGAGGAGAUCAGCGAAUUGCAACAGAGGCUCCAGGAGGCGGAGUCGAGGAACCAGGAGCUCAGCGAAAGCGUGACUUCAGCAACGAGGCCCCUGUUGCGUCAAAUUGAGAACCUGCAGGCCUCGCUGGGUGGACAAACGGCAUCCUGGGAAAAACUGGAACAGAGCAUCUCCGAUCGGCUUGUCGAAGCCCAGGCGCAACUCGCCGCCGCAGUCGAGAAGGAACGCGCGGCCACAGAAGACUUGCUCUCCGUUAAGUGCCAGUUGGCCUCGCUCGAGUCCCAGAAUUCGCUUCUUCGCCAGGAGAAGGUUCGGCUCCUGGCACUCGCGGAGGCUGAGAAGAGCAGAAGAGAGAGAUUGGAAGAUGAAAGCAGCAGGGAGCGUAUCGAGUUGGAAAAUCUGCGAGGCCAACACAGCCGCGUGCUUGAAGAGGCAAAGAAAGAAAAGGUAUCGCUUUGCUCCCUGCGCUUUGUUGCUGUUGUACUCGACGAGAUGUCUUCCUUCCUCAAACUGCUGCUCACCAAUCAACUCGAGAUGGAGAAAAUGAAGGUGGAACAGGAGAAGAAAAAGUACUACUUAGCACAAGAGGCACUCAAGGAAAAGGCACAGAGGAGCAUAAGCCACGAUCCCCCGGCUUCUUCCACGCCCUCGCCGUCCCGCUCCGGCUCCAUAAAUGGGGCUGACAACGCCGUUUUGCAUGGCUCGAUCUUGUCACAGGAUGAUUCUUCAGACCAGACGAUGGCGGGCGGAACCAUGUCCAUGUCAACGAGCGGCACCAACUUGUAUGAAGCGGCCCGCCUGUCCGGUGGCUCCAGCGUCGUCGAGAAUUUGCAGUCUCAACUCAAACUGAGGGAAGGGGAGAUAGCCCAGUUGCAGCUUGAGAUUACCAGUCUGGAGAGGAGCCGUUCUGUGAUGGCGGAGGAGCUGGUACGACUCACCAAUUUAAACGAAGACAUGCAGGAGCAGCUUACGGAGAUCUCCAAGUUGAGGAUUCAACUCAAGGAUUUGGAGCAGAGGCACAACACCAUCUUGCAGAUGUAUGGAGAAAAAGCUGAAGAGGCAGAGGAGCUCAGGCUGGACCUUGAAGAUGUCAAGAGCAUGUUCAAAACCCAAAUUGAUGAACUGCUGAAGAACCAGAAAUAA